UCGGACGUCCGCCCCGAGCUCUCAUGUCCGCGCCGGCCGGGUCCCCGCUUCCCCGGCGGGGGCUUUCUCGCCUCCUGCUGCUGCUGCCGCUGCUCAUCUUCCUCCAGCUCCCCUCGCGGGGACGGGCUGGUCGCUACGAUCCCACCUGGGAGUCGCUGGAUUCCCGGCCGCUGCCGCCCUGGUUCGAUGAAGCCAAGUUUGGGGUUUUCAUCCACUGGGGCGUUUUUUCCGUGCCAAGCUUCGGCAGCGAGUGGUUUUGGUGGUAUUGGCAAAAAGAAAAGAAGGAACCUUAUGUAACUUUUAUGAAGGAAAACUACCCUCCUGGAUUCACUUAUGAAGACUUUGGCCCUUUGUUUACAGCUGAGUUCUUUGACGCCAACCAGUGGGCAGACAUCUUGAAUGCUUCAGGUGCCAGAUAUGUUGUCUUGACUUCAAAACAUCAUGAAGGUUUUACUCUGUGGAAGUCUAAAUAUUCUUGGGCUUGGAACAGUGUUGAUAUAGGACCAAAACGGGACCUCGUGGCUGAGUUAGCAUCAUCCAUUAGAAAGCGGACAAGCUUACGUUUUGGACUAUAUCACUCAUUGUUUGAAUGGUUCAAUCCUCUCUUCCUUGAUGAUGCCGAUAGCAUAUUCAAGAAACAACAGUUUCCAAAUGCCAAAACUCUCCCAGAGCUCUAUGAGAUUGUGAAGCAGUAUCAUCCGGAGAUUCUGUGGUCAGAUGGCAAUGGGAAUGCCCCAGAUACUUACUGGAACAGCACUGGCUUCCUGGCAUGGCUUUAUAAUGAGAGCCCUGUUCGGAACACAGUUGUAACAAAUGAUCGCUGGGGAACUGGCACAAUUUGCAAACAUGGAGGUUAUUUCACUUGUGCAGAUCGAUACAGCCCUAAACAUCUUUUGUCCCACAAGUGGGAGAACUGUAUGACAAUUGACAAAAAGUCAUGGGGAUACCGAAGGAAUGCCCAAUUAAGUGAUUAUCUGACUAUUGAAGAACUCAUAAAGCAACUUGUAGAGACAGUAUCAUGUGGAGGAAAUCUUUUGAUGAAUAUUGGGCCCACCCAUGACGGUCGCAUUCCUGUUGUAUUUGAAGAGCGCCUGAAGCAAAUGGGGACUUGGCUGGCACUGAAUGGUGAUGCUAUUUUCAGCACUAAACCUUGGAGAGCCCAGAAUGAUAGUAUGACACCAGGAGUCUGGUACACAUUCAAACCAAAAGAAGACAUUCUGUAUGCCAUUUUCCUUAACUGGCCAUCUUCAGGAACUCUGACACUGGGUGAACCAAAAGGUAUUAUUGGGAAAACAAAGGUGAAACUAAUAGGAUACGAAGAAUCAUUGCCCUGGAUUUCUUUGGGAGAAAAAGGAAUGAUGGUGGCUGCACCUCUCUUACCAUUCAAUAAAUAUCCCUAUCAGUGGGCCUGGACUCUACAGCUUACUAAUGCACAAUAGUGACAGAACCUCGUUCUGCUGAAUUUUUGUAACUGGAGAAAUAAGGAUAGAUUUAAAAUAGAAAAUAAUUCAUGCACUGAUCUUUUUUAUUCCUUCUCUUAAUACCUUUUGAAAAAAGUUGAUGGAAGAAUGCAUAUAGCAAUCACAAAAACUGAAUAGGAAAGGUAAGUAAACUGGUAUUGUCCAGUGAAUGCUGAGAUACAGAAGUGAUAGACAUAACAGAAGUGUUGAAGUUUAUCAUCUUAUGCAUGGGAACAAUUACACAGAAAUGGAAGGUUUGGAUUGCAGGUUCUCCUCUCAUAUCUUAAAACUGAAACUUCGGCAUAUUGAAUCUUUGGUUUGUUAAAAAUUUCAACCCCUAAUCUAGCUGAAGUUAAAUAUAGCUAUUAAUACAAUCUUGCUCUUGUGAAACAGAAUAAUCUGAAUUCAGUGAAAGAUGUUCCCAGGUAAGGGAUUUUCAGAAUUGUUUUAAAAUUGCAGCUUUACCCUUUCCCCAAACAAUAUGCUUUUAUCAUAACUAUUUUGACUACCUCAGUGGAUUCCAGAAAAGUUAGGAAAUUGUCCAUUGGCACUUAGAUCUUAGUCUUGAGGCGAUAAAAGUGGUCUAGUAUUCUUUAUUUGUUCUUAGCAGUACUAAAUACCAAACUAUUCAAACAAAGUUAUAGGAUAUCUCUCCAAGUGGCUUAGUUCAUUAUUUAAAAGACAUUGGCUAUUACUGCUACUUAGAUUUAAAUUUUUAUCUAAAUGUUUAUAAUAUAUAUCUAUACAGAACACCUCUAGUGAUAUUGUCUAAAACAGCUUCAAUAAUAAUUCACAUUGAGAUUAGCUACUGUUGCCUUCUGUUUUACAAUAGCUCUUUUAUUAUUUGUAUUAACUGAUUAAUGCUAAUGAGUAACUGCAGCUUUGCAAAUAUUUGAUGUUUCACAGCGUAUUCAAAGAAUUGGGGAUAAGCUCUAAGCAAUAAAUUCCUACUUCCAUAAA